AUGGCAAAACCUGAUGAUAGUGAAGAAAAAUGGAUAGAACAAUUAGAUGGGCUGUGCUCAAAUUUAAAUGUUGAUCCUGAAGCUGCUAUAAAAUCAAAAGAAUCAUUUUUGGCAAUCAAAAGAAAUUACACUUUAGAAGGUGAUCUGGUACAUUGGAUGGCUUGUGCCUUGUAUGUGGCUUGUAGAACAUCAGUCACUCCGACUGUUCAAUCAGGCACUGCAGUUGAAAGUAACUGUGUCAGUCUAACAAGAUUGCUCAGACUUUGUAAUAUUAGCCUGAUUCAAUUUUUCACCAAAAUCAAGAACUGGAUGGAAAUGGCAUCUAUGCCAAAUGAUUUUAAAGAAAGAAUAUCACAUUUGGAGCAUAAGUUUGCUGUAUCAACAGUUUUAUUCAGAAAUUUUCAACCAAUCUUUCAAGAAAUAUUUUCAGGUUUAACCAAUGAAUCUGUAAAAACACACAUAAAGAGUAAAAAACACAAGAUGCAACCAUGUUCCACAAAUGCUCUAUUUGAAUUCACAUGGUGUUUGUACAUCUGCGUUAAAGGAGAAUUCCAGAAGUCUGCAGAUGAUCUUGUUGAUAUGUAUCACAUGCUGUUGUGUUGCCUAGACUUUGUGUUUGCUAACGCAUUUAUGUCUAGACGCAUAGAUCUGAUUAAUCCAGGGUUCAAAGCUCUACCUAGUGAUUGGCUAAAAGAUGAUUUUGAAUUGCCAGCAAAAGCACCAUGUAUUAUUUCAACUCUCUCAGAAAUCAAAGCUGCAUUGCCUGUUGAAGCUGGAACUAUGAAGGAAUAUAACUGGAAACCAGUUAUCAUAUCAUUUUUUAAAAAAGGAAUACUUAAGGGUAACAGUACACAGCUUACAGGAAUCUUAGAUAUUGGUCAUUUUGAUGCAAAUCAGAAAUCAUUAAAUAAUUUAUAUGAAACCUAUGUUCUUAGUGUAGGCGAGUUUGAUGAAAGGAUAUUUUUAGGUGACCAUGCGAGUGAACAAAUCGGGACCAAAAACAAAGUUUCAGGUGAUGAAAUCUCCCAAGUUAUUGCGACAUUUGGACCAAUUGGACGUGCUUGUCCCGAUACGCCGCUCACUGGACGACGAUACUUGGGUCGUCGAGCAGAGGAACUAACCCCUGUAUCAGAGGCGACCAACAGUCUAGCACGUUUAGCCGCUUUCCUGCGACAAGCUAAACCGCAUCCAUCUUCUCAGUUGUUACGCUUGUUCAAUGAAUGUGGUGUGAGUGAAGAGACAAUAAAUCAAAAUGUGAUACAACCAUGUAAUCAAUGGAUGGAAAUGUUUUCAAACUGCCUGAAAGAGUCAAACUGCAGUUAUGAAACUAUCAAGUUCCGUUGUAACAUGGUCACUUGCUUGUAUUAUAAAGUAUUUGAACAUAUCAUUAGAGAAGAGCAUAGAAAAAAACCGCAAGUGUCAUUAGAGUUGCUAGUUAGUCGCGAAACGUACCAACGCGCAAUAUACGCGUGCUGCAGUGAAGUGGUCCUUCACGCGUACGGCGUCCACUCGUUACGGUUCCCGCGAGUGCUCACCGUCUACGAUAUCAGUCCGCUCCAUUUCUACAAGGUCAUCGAACUUGUGGUUCAAGCCGUCGUCGAAAAGCUUAGUCGCGAUAUUAUCAAGCACCUCAACACUGUAGAGGAGGAAGUAUUAGAAUCACUAGUAUGGACAUCUGAGAGUCCCUUAUGGGAGCAACUUAACAAAAUGCCCGUCCCGGCAUCCACUGAUGUUUACGUGCAAGAAUCACCACUUCUUAAAAGAAAUAACAAUAGCAUUCAAUCACCAGUAUCGACAGCGAUCAACAGGAUUCUUAUACCAAUUGCUGAUCAAGCUAAGAAACAGUUGUUCAAAGACAACAUCAAACCUGGACAAUCACUUUUAGUGCCUACAAAUAAUGUGGUACCUAAACAAGAACCGGAUACUUUGCAAGCAUCUACAAAUACGUCCAACGAGGAGCAAACGCCGACUUCGACACCUAAGAAAGCUAACAACUCGCUCAUACUUUUCUUUAGAAAGUUCUACAGUUUAGCGGUAGUUCGCAUGAACGAUCUGUGCACCAGAUUGCGAUUGUCUAGCGACGAGCUCAAACGCAAGAUCUGGACGUGUCUAGAAUAUUCCAUUAUGCAUCAGACGCAGCUAAUGAGGGAUCGACAUCUAGAUCAGAUACUAAUGUGCACCGUAUACGUCGUCUGUAAGAUAUCUAAUAAUGCUAAUAAUCCUGUAGAAAGAACAUUUGCUGAAAUCAUGAGAUGUUAUAGGCAACGGCCAUUAGCAGAUAAUCAUGUUUAUAGAUCAGUUUUAAUCACUCCAGCUAAGGAUAAAAAUCCUGCGGAGAGAAGUGACUUAAUCAAAUUUUAUAAUAAGGUUUAUGUGCAAUGUAUGCAAGACUUUGCCCUAAGAUUUGCGGGAAGACAAAGGGAUGAGUGCGGUUUGUCCCCAUUGCCGGCGGGUCGCGGCGAGGCGGCGUGGUCCCCCGCGGGGCAGCGCGUGUCCGACCGGCACCAGGUGUACGUGAAGCCGCUCACCACGCCACCCCCCCACCACCACCACCUCACGUACCGGUUCAGCCGCAGCCCCGCCAAGGACCUGCACGCUAUCAACACGAUGGUUUCAUGCGAGGUGGGCGGUAUGAAGCGAGCGGGGGCGGGGGCGGGGUCGGGGGAGGUGGUGAAGCGGGCGCGGUACUCCACAGCCGGCGUCGCCAGGAAACUGCAGGGGCUCAUGAGUGACAGACAAGCUGUCUGGUGA